UGUUGCAGGUGGUGAUCAUAGCGAUGUAUUCCUUCUACUUCUUCGCGGUGCUGGGCGAGCAGAUCCUGAGCCCCGAGCUGGGAUAUAUCGGUCAUACCAUUGACGUCUGUAUCCCGGUCUUUGCCUUUCUCCAGCUCCUGUUCUAUAUCGGCUGGAUUAAAGUAGCCGAAGCGCUCCUUAAUCCGUUCGGGGCAGAUGAUCAUGACUUCGAACUGGUGCAACUGUUGAAGAGGCACAUUGAGAUGUCCCGCUUGCUGUCAGAGCCGGGCCCGAGCCAGCUCCCGGAGACCGUGCGAGAUUGUGAAACAACCCAUCCGGCCAACUUUGUUAACUACGCAGAUAUUGAUGAAACUCGGUCCGGAAACUCCGAUGAUUUGUAACUCUAGUGUAGAGCCUCGGUACCAGGGACGGUAACUCUAGCACGGAGCCUCAGUCGCUGUGGCAGAAACUAUAGUUUAGAGCUUCUAGCCCAUAUGUAGGACUCUGGGAUGGAGCCUCAGUCUUAGUGGUAGCUGUUUUGUGUUAUAGAGACUACUAGGUGGAAUACCUCGGGUGCCAGGAUCAUCCUUGGCACCCCUGCUCUGUCUGUGUCUGUGUGUUUUCUCGUAUGUCUUCCUGUUUCUGUCUGCCUCUGACUGACUGUCUGCCUCUGACUGACU